UUAGACAGUUUUGAGACUUUGAGAAUGAGUGACAAUCCCGGGUUUUGUUCAUCUUUUGCGCUCACAUGGGUAAUAAUGUGAACGCGCCAUCAGAUUAGGAAGGCUUGCAUGUAGUUUGAAUCUUAACACUACUCAACAAUCAGUUAGAAUGGUUGUUCGCGCUAUGCCCAAGCGCAAUGUGCGUAUUCUGCUGGUUGGAGAUCACGGCGUGGGCAAGACUUCUCUAAUUCUAUCACUAGUGAGUGAAGAAUUUCCGGAAACAGUGCCACACAAGGCAGAGGAAAUUACUAUCCCAGCUGAUGUCACACCUGAACAGGUUCCCACAAAUAUUGUAGAUUAUUCAUCAGCUGAUCAAAGUGAGGAUGAUCUCAAUGAUCAGAUCAAAAGAGCCAGUGUGAUUUGUGUAGUUUACGCCGUUGACGAUGACGACACAAUUGAGCGGAUAUCCAGUUUCUGGUUGCCGCGCAUUCGUGAAGUCUGCGCUGAUCAACAAAUACCGGUGGUUCUUGUGGGGAACAAAAUUGAUUUGGUUGAAUAUUCGACUAUUGAGGGUGUGUAUUCCAUCAUGGAUGCAUUUCCUGAAGUGGAAACAUGUAUUGAAUGCUCUGCUCGAACAUUGAAAAACAUUUCUGAGAUGUUUUACUAUGCUCAGAAAGCUGUUCUGCACCCGACCAGUCCAAUUUACUCAGUGGAAAACACAGAUUUAACAGAUGCAUGCAAGAAAGCACUCAUUCGGAUCUUCAAAAUAUGUGAUAUUGACUGCGACGGCCUUCUCAAUGACAUGGAACUGAACAACUUCCAGUGCCGGUGCUUUAACACCCCAUUACAACCACAAGUACUGGACGACGUAAAAGGCGUCCUGCGGAAGAAUAUGGAAGAUGGCGUGACGCACAACUGCGUCAAUCUCAAGGGCUUCCUAUAUUUGCACUCACUGUUUAUUCAGCGGGGGCGUAAUGAGACAACGUGGACAGUAUUGCGGAAAUUCGGAUAUAACGAUAGUCUACAAAUGAAUAAAGACUAUUUAUUCCCAACGUUAAAAGUUCCAAGUGGAUGUACAGCAGAGUUAUCUCAUCGCGGACAACAGUUUCUCACACAUAUCUUCGAACGUCACGACAAAGACCGGGAUCGUGCGCUGUCACCGAGCGAGUUUGAUGAAUUGUUCUCAACAUGUACCACUCCACCCUUUGGACCAGACGUAACUGGAGUUGUGCCGACCAAUGAGAAGGGUUGGAUUACUUAUCAAGGAUAUAUGUGCCAAUGGGCGCUGAUGACUCUGAUGGAGUUACCCAGAACAUUUGAACAUCUGGCUUACUUAGGAUAUAAUAUCUAUGAAAAUGAUUCACAAAUUUCCGCAGUUCAAGUCACAAGAGAAAAGAAAUUAGAUCUUGCCAAGAAACAAUCAACGCGUAAUGUGUAUCAAUGUCAUGUGAUUGGUCCAUCUGGUUGUGGCAAAUCGACAUUCUGUCGUAGUUUUAUUACAUCGGGAAAGCAUAAGAGUAUAAAACUAAGCGGUAAAACACCACCGUGCACUGUGAACGUAGUUCCCGUAUAUGGUCAGGAGAAAAUUAUGAUUAUGAGAGAUAUUAACGUGAGGAAUGUGUCAGAUCCGUUGCUUCCAGCCGAGGUGCAAUGCGAUGUCGCCUGUCUUAUGUAUGACAGGAGUAAUCCGAAGAGUUUUGAGUACAUAGCACGAAUAUACAUUAAAUAUUUUGCCGAAAGUAAAAUCCCAGUUCUAAUCGUGGCGAAUAAAGGCGAUGUUGAAGAAGUCCGUCAAGAAUAUCUUCUGCAACCGGUAACGUUUUGUCAAAAAUACAAAAUUCUUCCGCCUGGAACAUUCAGUAUGCGAGGACCAUCACAUCAUCGCAAACAAGUCUUCGUCAAACUUGCAACAAUGGCUGCUUUUCCUCCUCUGCGACGGAUGGUAAACAUGUUGCUGCUCAGACAACAGCCGACAGAGUGGUUUAAUCGUGUCUACAGGAAUCUGCGAGAAUUUGGAAUCAUGCCUACUGAUGCAGCGACUUGGUGGAAGGCAGGACUGGGUAUAGCAGCUGCAAGCGCAUUCGGUUUCUUUUUUGUACGGAUGCUAAACAGCAAACUUCGAUAAAAUACCCUCUAGUGCCCCAUAUCUGUGUAUAUUUUACGAUUUUACUUCGCAUGGAUUUACUACUACUGAUUUUCUAUCGUCUAUUAGCGAUAUCAAUUUUCUUUUUCGAGUAAAGACUAGAUAUUCGGUGGGAAUCGUGUUUUUGCGGAAAUAUUUUGUAUAAAGUACAGUUUUCUAAUCAUUUCAACGAGAAUACGAGUUAUGUGAACCGAACAUUUCUUUAUGUAGAUAUUGUUUAAGUCAACUUGCCACAUAUGAGAUGUUAGUUGACUUAAAUCUGGUAAACUAUUGUUUUUGCACACUUAUCGUGUGUAUGAAGCAUAUUUAUCAUUUUGUGUAUUGUUUGUUUAGUUGUGAGUCAAACUUUUCAAGUUUACUGCCACCAAUCAUAAUUUUAUGCCAUCGUUUACUUUUACGUAGGUGAAUUGCAAUUAUUAUACAUGUUAUAAUUGUUGUUUAAUUCAUUAUGCGCCAUCGGUACGUUAAUUGGUAAUCUAAUCUAACCCAUUGCAAAUAUAAAUGUAUUAAGAGCGUAGUUGCAUAGUAAUUUGUAGUUAAGUUAUAAUUUAUCACGAUCUAGUUAAGUUGACUGUGUAUACAUUGGAAGAGUUCUGUUUUGGCUACUGCUUUCCUUGUGGAACAAUACGCUAAAUUGAUAAGUGAAAAAACCAAAAACAGACAUAGUACUAAUUAAUAUACGAACAAAAUCAAAGUCA